UGGCAGUCUAACCCAAUUUCUCGUUCUCCUACUGUCAAUGGCCUCCAGGAGGCAUUUGCUUUAUUUCCAUGCCCAGAAAAUAUUGCUGCUACUGCUGAAUCCAGCAAGCGUUGGAAAUCAGCACUGAUCUCACUGUUGGCACACAAAUUUCAUACAGAUGGCAACCACUUCCAAUCGGACGCCAAAGUCGGUUUUCAUCCUCUUACUGUUGAUCACUACCACACGGGAUCCUCAAAGUUUGAGAAAAGUAGUCAAAGCGCCAAGUAUCAGAACUGGCAGGCACGUGCUGAACACAUAAAAAUAAUUUUGCACAAUGUCUUGGAUCUGUGUACGCUACUGGAUAGGUUAACAGGUGGUUCAACAGUCUUUUUACACCAUCCUGGCACAGUAGCUCCCAAGUCUGCAAUCAUUCCACAAAUGCUUAACGCCCAUGUCUAUGCCAACCUGAAAGUUCUUGCAGAACACCCUGAACUUCAUGUUGUAAUUGCACAGAUCUCCCAGUUGUUUACUGCCCACUAUGCUACUCCGUUGGCUCAAUUGUUUGCCGCUAAUUGCUAUCGUGCUGGGUGGUUGAGCUCAUCUGCUCAGGAUGCAUAUCCGCAAGCAAACAGGACAGAUGACUCGAAGUUACUGCUUGUUCCACCUCCCGUCACUCCAGGUUCAUUGCAUUUUGUAAUCCCCGGAUGUCCAAUGGAUACUCUUCAUCAGUUACUUUCCUGCCCUCAGCUCUUAUCAUAUCUCCCCAAA